AGACAGCCCCACUAUCUGCCGUUUUGAAAAGUGCUUCUUCAAAGGGUUCUCCUGGUGAUGAAGCGAGCGGUAAAAGUAAAGCAAAACAUUCACAGUGAGUUGACUCACCCACUUCAACUCAACCCUCUCUGUCACUCUUUCUCUCUCUCACUCUGCUAAAACAACAAUACGCCCCCUCCGGCGCAACUUAUGGCAGCAACUUCUCCAGAUAGCACGCUGCUGCUCUUGUCUCUGCUAACAUACGCUGCCUCUACACUGUCCGUUAUCCCUAACUUCUCCUUCUCCACUCUUUAGUCUGAACUUAUUUCAUUUCCUUUCGUCGACAAACAAGAACUUCUGGGUUGUUACCAUAUGGGGCUGUUUUUAUUUUCCUUGUUUAUGGUGCUCUGCUGCGCACCGUUUUUAGCUUUCGCCGCCGUCGUCGGACGAAGCGCUGAGAGUUUAGCUGAGAUUGAAGCUUUGACCUCCUUCAAGCUAAGUCUUCAUGACCCACUUGGAGUUUUGAAUGGCUGGGAUUCAUCGAGUCCUUCGGCUCCAUGCGACUGGCGUGGAGUCACAUGCGCUGACAACCGAGUCAACGAGCUCAGGCUACCUCGGCUCCAGCUCGGCGGUCCAGUAAGUGACCAUCUGGGUAAGUUGCAUAUGCUGAGGAAGUUAAGCCUGAGGUCCAACUUCUUCAACGGGACUAUCCCUUCCUCGCUCUCGCAAUGCACGCUCCUGCGCGCUGUGUUUUUGCAGUACAACUCACUCUCCGGCAACCUCCCGGAGAAUAUCGGUAAUCUCUCCAACCUUGAAAUUUUGAACGUGGCUCAAAACCGUCUCUCGGGAGAGAUAGCAGUAGAUCUCCCGCGAAAUCUCAAGUAUUUAGAUCUCUCGUCAAAUGCUUUCUCUGGUUCGAUACCAGAGACCAUUGCUAACUUGUCUCAGCUUCAGCUGAUUAAUUUAUCGUAUAAUCAGUUUUCUCGAGAGAUUCCAGCGAGUUUAGGUGAACUGCAAAAUUUACAGUACCUUUGGCUGGACUUCAAUUUAUUGGAAGGGACUUUGCCGUCAGUAUUAGCUAACCUUUCAUCGCUUGUGCAUUUGAGUGUUCAAGGCAAUGCACUUGGGGGAGUGAUCCCCGCAGCGAUUGGAGCUUUACCUAAACUUCAGGUUGUCUCGCUCUCACAGAAUAAUCUCUCUGGGAAGGUUCCGAUGUCCAUGUUUUGCAAUGUCUCGGUCUAUCCGCCGUCGAUUAGGAUGGUGCAGUUAGGGUUCAAUACGUUUACGGAUGUCAUUGGGCCUGAGACGGGAUCUUGUUAUAGUGUUUUGCAAGUCCUGGAUCUUCAACAGAAUCGGAUUGGGGGGAGUUUUCCAUUGUGGUUAACACGUAUAUCGUCUUUGACAAUUUUGGAUGUUUCGGGUAACUUGUUUUCUGGUGAUAUUCCAGCUGAGAUUGGGAAUUUGUCAAGAUUAGAGGAGUUGAAGAUGGCUAAUAAUUCUUUUAGUGGUGUGAUUCCAGUUGAGAUUGAGAAAUGUAUCUCUUUAAGUGUUCUUAAUCUUGAAGGGAAUCAAUUUUCAGGGGAGAUUCCUGUAUUUUUGGGUGAUGUAAGAGGGUUAAAGAGUCUAACACUUGCUGGAAAUCUCUUCUCCGGUCCACUUCCAAUGAGUUUUCAUAAUCUUUCAGAGCUUGAGACCUUAAACUUUAGACACAAUAAUUUGAGUGGAAGCUUUCCGGAAGAGUUAAUGGGAAUGAGAAAUUUGACCACUUUGGACCUCAGUGAGAACAAUUUUUCUGGUGACAUUCCAGCAGGUAUUGGGAAUUUGAGUCAGUUAAUGGUUUUUAAUCUGAGUGGUAAUGCUUUUUCAGGGCGAUUGCCUGCUAGCUUGGGAAAUCUUUUGAAGUUAACCGCUCUUGAUUUGAGCAAGCAGAAUCUGUCUGGUGAGUUGCCGUUUGAGCUUGCUGGUCUGCCAAAUCUACAAGUCAUUGCUUUGCAAGAAAAUCAAUUAUCUGGAGAUGUUCCUGAGGGUUUUAGUAGUUUGAUGGGUUUGCGAUAUUUGAAUUUAUCGUUCAAUGGGUUCUUUGGUAAAAUUCCGGUGACCUUUGGCUUUCUUCACUCACUCGUUGUUCUGUCAUUGUCUGAUAAUCACAUUUCUGGGUUGAUUCCACCAGAGCUUGGCAAUUGCUCUGAUCUUCAAGUUCUAGAGCUCCGGUCAAAUUCUUUGACGGGCCACAUUCCAGCUGAUCUCUCCCAUCUUUCAAAUUUGAACGUGCUUGACUUAGGUAUCAACAAUUUAACUGGGGAACUUCCAGAAGAAGUCUCACUAUGCUCUUCAUUAAGAUCUUUGUUUGUGGACGCCAAUCAUCUUUCAGGAAGCAUACCAGACUCAUUAUCAAAAUUAUUGAACCUCACAGUGCUGGAUCUCUCAAGCAACAACUUUAGUGGAGAAAUUCCAGCGAAUCUUGCACAGAUAACUGGACUUGUAUAUUUCAAUGUCUCAAGUAAUAAUUUAGACGGUGAGAUUCCGGUAUUACUGAGUUCCAGAUUUAAUGAUCCAUCAGCAUUUGCAAAUAAUCAAGAUUUAUGUGGAAAGCCAUUGGGCCGGAAAUGUGAGAACAUAACUGAUAAAAAUGGGAGGAAGAGGUUGAUUCUGUUGAUAGUUAUAGUUGCUGGUGGUGCUUGUCUCUUGGCAUUGUGUUGUUGCUUCUAUAUUUUCAGCCUCUUACAGUGGCGCAAGAAGCUAAAAGAAGGUGCAGCUGCAGAGAAGAAGCAUAGUCCAGCGAGAGCUAGCUCAAGAACAAGUGGGGGUCGUGGCAGCACGGAUAAUGGAGGGCCAAAACUGGUUAUGUUUAACAAGAAGAUAACACUAGCAGAAACAAUUGAAGCAACGAGGCAAUUUGACGAAGAAAAUGUGCUUAGCAGAAGUCGAUAUGGUCUUGUUUUCAAGGCUUGCUACAAUGAUGGGAUGGUGGCCUCAAUUCGCCGCCUACCAGAUGGAUCACUGGAUGAAAACAUAUUUAGAAAAGAAGCUGAAUUCUUAGGCAAAGUAAAGCACCGGAAUCUGACAGUUCUUCGAGGCUACUACGCGGGAGCACCCGAUUUAAGACUUCUAGUCUUUGACUACAUGCCCAACGGAAAUCUCGCAACUCUCCUUCAAGAAGCAUCACACCACGAUGGCCAUGUCUUGAAUUGGCCAAUGCGCCAUCUCAUAGCGCUAGGCAUUGCUCGAGGCUUGUCCUUCCUACACACAUCCAACAUGGUCCAUGGUGAUAUCAAACCACAAAACGUUCUCUUUGAUGCCGAUUUCGAAGCUCACUUAUCCGAAUUCGGGCUAGACCGUCUUACAGUCCCAACCCCAGCAGAAACUUCCAGUUCUGCAACAUCAGUUGGCACAUUGGGUUAUGUCUCUCCGGAAGCAAUACUCACAGGGGAAACCACAAAAGAAUCAGAUGUAUACAGUUUUGGCAUAGUGUUGCUCGAGCUACUAACUGGAAAAAGGCCACUGAUGUUCACACAAGAUGAAGAUAUUGUAAAAUGGGUGAAGAAGCAACUGCAAAAAGGCCAAAUCACAGAACUACUGGAGCCAGGCUUGCUCGAGCUUGACCCGGAAUCAUCAGAAUGGGAAGAAUUCUUGCUUGGAGUUAAAGUGGGGUUACUGUGUACAGCACCAGAUCCUCUUGAUCGACCCAUCAUGUCAGACAUUGUCUUCAUGUUAGAAGGUUGUCGUGUUGGUCCUGAUAUUCCCUCAUCAGCCGAUCCAACCUCUCAACCUUCACCAGCAUAAUUUCAUUAUUAUUAUUUUUUUUGUUGCAAGACAUUAACCAUCGGUUUUUUAAUAUAGAAUGUAAAUCGUUCAUUCGAAAUCUUUUUUUUCA